AAUUAAUAAAUGAUGAAUGUACGAAAUUGCUAAUGUAAGCAGAUUAAGGCACAAAUAAGCUUUAAAUAGGUUGUUAAACGUAAAUUCUUACUAUGCAAAAUUACCUAUUUGUGUUUAUGUUAUACUUAAAUCAAUAAAUUAGAGGAAAAUUACUGACGUGGAGUGAAUCACCUGAAUUGUUAAUAUGGCGCUGCUCCCGAAACGGUGGUACCGCUCGCGACGCAAUGCGGUUAUCGCCAUGAUCAUCGCGGGCCUGUGCGCGCUAUACUACAUAUACUCGCCCACUGUGAUCACUGAACAAGACUUGGAUAUUACUAGAAGAGCCGCCAUAAUAGAAUAUAUAGAGAACAAGUUGCAGGAGGCCUUGAAACUGGACAGGGGCAUGGGCUGCGAGAUACCGAAACUGGACCCUUUCUCUAAGGAGGUCACACAGUUUGACAAGGAGUUACCGGAGAUCAAAUGCCAAGGGCAGGAUUGGGUCAAAUGCUAUCACUCAAAAUGCCGAGUGAUAGACGCCGUAAAAGACCACCAUAAGGACAUAACGUGUACAUACAGGGACAUAUUGUACCAUUCCGAUGUGAAAUAUACCAUCGGCCCCCCUACUCAAGUGGGGGGAGACGAGAUAUACGAGUUGGAGGACAGUGACCAUGUUAAAGUGUCUUGUGUUGGGAGGAGAAAAGAUGAUAACAAGAAAGCGGAAUGGUCUGGCAAUACUCUUGGUUUCCGGCCCGUCCCGCCGCUCCCCUCCCCCCCGGGGCGAGAGGAUUCAUUCAACGUGGUCAUAUUUGGCUUCGACACGACCGCCAGAAAUGGCUUCAUCAGGCGGAUGAAGAAAAGCUGGCAGUUGUUGAAGGAUCUAGGAUAUACUGUUAUGGAGGGAUACAACAUCUUAGGAGACGGCACGCCCGCGGCCCUGUUCCCAAUCCUCACGGGCAAGAACGAGUUAGAACUACCCGAUGUUAGAAAGAGCAAGCACAACAACGGCAGCCUGGACUCCUUCCCUUUCAUAUUCUACAAGUUGAAGCAGGACGGGUACCGAACAGCCUACUUCGAAGACAUGCCUAACAUUGGUACCUUCCAAUACCGGUUUAAUGGGUUCCGCCGCCAGCCCGCCGACCACUACCUCCGCUCCUUCUACUUAGAAGAUUUGACCACCAGGCCCUCCCCCUCCCAUUGGUGGAAGGCGAAGAAGUCAUACUACUGUCUGGGCGACACGCCGCAGUUUAAAGUCAUGAUGAAUAUCACUGAGCAGUUCCUGGAGUUGGGCGGCAAGCGUUUCAUCUUCACGUUCAUCGCGGAUAUAACUCACGACGACUUCAAUCUUAUUGAAAACGCCGACGACGACACCGCUGCGUUGUUGCAGAGCCUCAUGUCCAGGGCCGAAGAUACGCUUAUAGUCGUCAUGGGAGACCAUGGACCUAGAUACGCGACCGUCCGCGACACCCUCCAAGGCAAACUGGAGGAGCGUCUCCCCCUCCUCGCGCUGCGCCUCCCCGACCGCCUCGCGCGCGCGCGCCCGCGCACGCGCCGCGCGCUCGAGGCCAACGCGCACGCGCUCACCACCGCGCACGACCUGCACGCCACCAUACUGGACGUGCUGGACAUGAGGCAGCACUGGAACCCGUAUAAAGUGCGGGGGGCGGAUUAUACUAGAGGAUUAACUAUGUUAGAACCGAUCCCUCGCAACCGCUCGUGCAGCGAGGCAGGCAUCGAACCGCACUGGUGCGCUUGCCUCGCGUGGCAAAACGUCUCCACCGACGAUCCGUUUUUCGAGAAGACUGCGCACGCGCUCCUUGACUACAUCAACUCGCUAGUCGCUACUGUCGGGAACCUCUGUGUACCCCGAACCCUGACCUCAACGUCGUGGGUGCUCCGCCAGCGCGCCAACAGUAGACUCCUGGCGUUUAAAAACGCGCGUGAUGCCGACGGUUAUGUUGGCCACUUUGACGCCAAAACUAAAGUGGCCAAUGAAAACUAUCAAGUUAAGAUAGCAGUGGGCCCCGGACACGGUAUAUACGAGGCGUCCAUGACGUAUCUAGUCAACGAGGACAAGUUCAUGAUACACACGAGGGACAUAUCGAGGACCAACGCUUACAGAAGCGAGCCAGACUGCAUCAGCAAAACGCAUCCGCACCUGAAUCCAUACUGCUACUGCCGCUGACAUCCGCCAAUAGGGCGGGAAAUACUUUAGUCCCAGUUUCGUAACUUUUGAUAACUAGUUACGAAUUGGGAUCGGACCCAUUUCGUAACUAUCGUCAUCAGUCAAUCGAACGGGAAAUACUUUAGUCCCAUUUUGUAACCUUUUCAAUAAUCAGUGUGUUUAUUUGGUAACUAGUUACGAAUUGGGAUCGGACCCAUUUCGUAACUAUCGUCAUCAGCCAAUCGAAGGGGAAAUACUUUAGUCCCAUUUUGUAACAUUUUUAAUAAUCAGUGUGUUUAUUUGGUAACUAGUUACGAAUUGGGAUCGGACCCAUUUCGUAACUAUCGUCAUCAGCCAAUCGAACGGGAAAUACUUUAGUCCCAUUUUGUAACCUUUGGUAACUAGUUACUAAUUGGGAUCGGACCCAUUUCGUAUCUAUCGUCAGCAGCCAGUCGGACGGGAAAUACUUUAAUCCCAGUUUCGCAACUUUUGGUAACUAGUUACUAAUUGGGAUUGGACCCAUUUCGUAACUAUCGUCAUCAGCCAAUCGAACGAGAAAUACUUUAGUCCCAUUUUGUAACCUUUGGUAACUAUUUACUAAUUGGGAUCGAACCCAUUUCGUAACUAUUGACAUCGACGAAUAGGACAGAAGAUACUUUAAUCCCAUUUCGUAUCAUUUGGUGUUGGUAUCGGGAUCAGAGUUCACGCACACAACAACAUGUAUACAGGGUGUUUGGUAACAGGAUGCAAAGCUGAAAGUAGGUGAUAGUUUAGGCCAUUCAGAACAUUUUAAGGCAUAUAUGUAUUAGACAUUUUUUUUAUUUUAUUUUUUAUUUAAGUUUUAGCAUUUGCUGAUACGAUAGCUACAGCCGUGCUUGAUAGCUUAAAUGAAAUGGCAAAAGAGCAAUAGCCAGCCAAGCAUGUUUCUAGAAUGGUUUGAAUAACCAAGGCUAUUUUAGUUUUUUUUUUAUCGUCCUAAGAAAACACCUAAUUUAUUUUUUUAUUUUUUGCCUUUAACAUCCUGUUACCAAACACCCUGUAUAGGCAGUGAAAUUUUGAAAUGAGAAACACAAGCGUUACAAAUACUUAUUAAUUUUCGCUGUUUGUUUCCCAUUAUCAAUAAAUAAAAAAUAAAUAAAAUAAUUGUCUAGAUACAUAGACAAAGCUAGUACUAGAUCUAAAACCUUUGUGGCUUUUUUAAUUUAUAUUUAUAUCAAAGAGGAUAUAAUAAGAUAGAGCGGUAUUGUCAUAGUAGAUUUUGUAACCACAGUAAAUUCACUGCCAUCUAUCGACACACUUUAAAACUAAAAAUGAAGAUUUAUAAAAAUACGAUAAAAUUUAUUUAAAUAUGGAUAAAUUAAUUUUUUUAUUUGCAUUAAUUAUUUUUAUGAUUUUGACCCAUGUUCUUUCACUGAUAUGCGUUAAAAUUGUUAAAUAACAAACGAAACCGUCAACGCCAUCUAUACGACAGUAGCCCUCUGAUCGAGAAUCAAAUUUUCUUGAUUUUCGAGGCACGUUUUUUUCCUUAGACUGUAUCCAUCUAUUACGGAGUUAUAUCUAUCUUUGGUGAUAUAUAUGUAGCUUAAUUUAUCUGGUAAUAGGUAUGUUAAAUAUGAACUAUGGUGUUCAAAAGGACCUAGGAAUAUGACCAAUAAUCAUAAUGUAUUGUUGGUCAUAUUAUCAUUAGUCCUAAAACUGAAAUCGUUAACUUUUCAGGAUUUUCGGAAGGUUAUCCUGUAGAUAAGUUAGGUUUGUUUUAUGGCAAUCCUGAAAAGUUACGCGUUUCUGAACCAAACAAAUUAUGACUAACGAAAAUGCGGAAAAACACAUUAUGACUUAAAACUUUAUGGAGAAACAAUAGAGACCCGUGCAGGCGGAAAGAUUCAAAGAUAUCUCGAAACAUUGACUUUUUCUCGAAAAUGAAGUUUCCGAAAUGCAAUUUCCAGACUCAAAAUUUAUUGAUUUUUCCUGUAAUUUGCUCAUAAUUUUUAGCUUUGUUAUUAAUUUUAAUCUUUUGAACGUCAAAAACAUCUAAAGUCGUCGUUACUAGUCGUGCCCACAGCGCCAUGGACAACUAUAGUAGGUGUUAUGGCGGACGCUGUCAAAGUAACCUUCACAUUUUCAAGUAAGGUUUACAUUAGCUCGCUUGCGCCCGGGACGUUGGCGUGUGAGUGACUUUUUUGUUUAUAAUAGGGUUAAAAGGCGGAGUGGUUUAACCGUUAGCAAAUAUUCAUUGAUUGUAUGAGAUGAGUUAAAACUAAGACACAUUCGUGCUUCCAAUUGACAGUAGGUGGCGCCGUACGUCACGGCUCCAUACCACAGAAUAACGAAUAGUACUAUAAUAGUACUACCGUACAGAAAAUUCACUCCUUCACAAAAGCCAGAUUUAGGUACAAAAUUAUACCUACACUCGCCGCCUGCCUUCUUUGCGCGCCGCAGUUUUAUGACCGAGCUGCGAGUGUCGGCACGGGGUAGUCACGCCACAAGUUUUUGUACCUAUACCUACUGAUUUAUUAUUUUUAAGAUAAUUCUCUCUGAUUCUCACGGAAGUAGGUAUGCCACAGAAGUACUUAUUCCUUUGAAAAUAUGUCGGUCAAUAUCAAUAUAGUCCGGAAUUUAAAAAAAUGUUUUUUUCUGCUUCCUUGUUCUUCCGUUUAUUCAGACAUCCGUAAACAGAACAUUAUCUUUUAUACAGAUUAGAUCGCGAUUUAGGUUUCGAAGCCAUUGCGUAUUUUCAAUUUUGCGCGAGCGCCAGCCCACUGCCAUACACCUGCCCGGGCGGUGCGCCGGCCAAAUAUACUUAAACUGCGCAGUGACACCCCCCUGUCCAUACAUUAUGCGGCAUUUCUGAUUGUCAAAUGUUAACAUCGUACAGUGCCAUCUGUCUGUCUCGGUUGCACUACUUGCACUAUUUUCUUAGACUUUACCCCGAGAUGUGAUAUUGCAAGUGACGCUUAUACAAUUAAUAAAUAUUUGCUCUGUAGUAUUACUGACAUUUCUGUUAAUCAGACAUAAUUACCUAAAUAUAGAAAAAUACCAAAUGGAAUUUCUUAAAAGAAAUCUAGUCAUAAAAGAUAAGAUAACGAACAUCAAGUAUUUCCUGAAUCUCCUGUAGGUACUUCUUUGAUAUAUACAUAUAUACUUGAAGUUGAAACUCUAGGUCCAUGGGGUCCCAGCGCGCAUAAGUUGUUUGCGGAAAUCGCGAAGCGUCUGGUUGACGUAACUGGUGACCGAAGAGCUGGCGGCUUUCUCGCACAACGUAUCAGCAUUGCGAUACAGCGGGGAAAUGCCGCCAGCAUCCUUGGUACAAUGCCUCAAGGGCCUAUUUUAGAUUUAAGCUAGUUAUUAAUUUCUGUUUACGUAGUACCACUGUAUAUAUCUUGUAUGUAAAUAAAUGAUUAAAUUUUCUUUACAUACAAGAUAUAUUAUAUGUAUUAUAUUGCAUUUAAAUUACGCAUAAGCAAAUCGCGCCGGUAAUGAAAUUACGUAGGUACAUUUACGGCCUAGAUCGGCAAUGUGAUCUUAACGCUGCGUCUUACGUAAGCGAACAAUGAGGGCUACCGCGUUUAAUUUCGCCGCUAGGGGGCUAGUGUAGAUGGAGGUCUUUCAAAAUGUCAAAUGCAUAGAAGUUUUGGGGGUUUCAAGCUUUUUUAUCGGGAAUUUUCACUCCUUAUUCAUAAUUGUGGUAAAUCUUUGUCCAUCUUUGAUUAAUUUUCAUUUCAUUUGUUUAGUGGUUUAAAAAAAGUGCCAACUAAAAUAUAUGCCAAAUUAAACAUGUUGAAAAAAUGGCACAUUCACACGUUAAAAUACCUUUGUGUAUAUUAGAACGUAUUGAUCUUAUAAAAAUAAGCAUAAAAGAAUUUGAGAUCUGUUUUUCUGGACCUACAUCUACAGUGGCGCCAACUAGUGACCACAAAAACGCUAGCCCUCAUUCGCGAGCGCGAAGCGGCGCGGCGUUCGCGUUCCCAACGACAGGAUUGAUUCACCCCACGCCGCAUUGCUUCGCUUCGCGUUCGCUUCUUGUUCGCCUACCUAGUACGCUGCGUGAGCGCCCUACAGGCACCGCGUCAUACACCUUUUAGGUUACUAUUGGAUUCUAAGUUGUAUUUCCAAUUCUAGGAUUAGGAUUUACCGGCCUUGUGUUCAUAAAAAGCUUGGCCCGCACCAACCACCAGCUUGGUCGCUUUUUUGAAAAGAGCCCGCUACACGUUUAUGCUUAUUUUCUGUUUUAUUUAUGUAUUUUAUUUCAGAACUUCCUAACACCACUAAACUACACACUUUUUACAGUACCGUAUACUUAUCACCGUCAUAUUUACCUAACUGUAACGUGAUCUGGGUUCCGGCAGAAUAUCGGUGCUUCGCUCAAUAGAGUGGAGCGUAUAGCUGAGUCGGAACCCUUUUGUUGUUGCUGCAAUGCACACAGCGUACAGCUAACCACUAAAAACUAAUUUUUCGUGUUUAAAUUUUUUUUUGUUAAUUUAAUUUAGUACAUAAGUUUUGUUCUGACUGCAAUGUACCUACUUAUAAAAUUGUGUGUUUUGCAGCAUCCAAAUAAACGUUUUAUCUAUCUAUUAUCUAUCACAUCCUCGCGCGCCGCUUUGGUGGAAACGCAGCCUUAUAUUACACCCGGCCGGCAAAUUCCUAUUUCCCUGCCUUUGUAGUAAAUGUAGUAAUGUACUAUUUUAUUAAAGUCUGUGCGGAAAUAUAAGAGUUAUUUCCUUACAUUCCGCGACUCUUUUCAUUUCGCACAGACUCUACAGACUAUUAAAAAAAUUAGUAGGUAUUCAUAGGAAUUACUUAAAAUGUGAGAGGCGUGUAUCGUUCGUGCUUGCUCUAAAGAGUACAUGAAUGGGAAAGAUAAUAAUAUAACCUAAGGUUUUGUAUUUUGUCAUGAUAAUAACUCGUAAUAUGAAUCUGUCUUUGUGUGUAAAUAAUGAAUAAAUAUA